GGUCCUCCAUGGUUUUGUUCCCCAAUCCCGCUUUCCCUUCCCUUCCCUUUCACCGUCUGCUAGAUCCCCCAACCCUUUCUUUCUUUAUUUGUUCUCCACAGUCGAAACAUCUGGCUACAGCUCUGCAUUACCAUCUUUUUCUUGACAGCUCGCCGAAGGAACCGCCAUCAUGAGUGGCCAGGACACCCUGUUCCGUUCGGCGAAGAUGUCGCUCGUACAAUUGUACGUUGCAACGGAGAUAAGCCGGGAGGCGAUUAGCGAGUUGGGUGAAGUGGGGAUGCUCCAGUUUAGAGAUGUAGGUUUCUCCCCUUCUAUAAUUUGAUGAGGUCGUGCUGUAGUUGUGAUGGUAGCGGGGGAGGGCUAAUUGACGACGUGCUCUACAGUUGAAUGCGGAGACAUCCGCUUUUCAGAGAACUUUCACCAAAGAUAUCCGCCGGUUGGAUAAUGUUGAACGGCAGCUUCGUAUGUUUCAUUCGACCCCCUGGCGGUGGGUGCUUAGUAUUAAUGUGCUGUAGGCUUUUUCGGAGCGCAAAUGGAGAAGAAUUCGGUUCCUGUCCGACCCGUUCCCGAUAACGCGAACCUCACUGCUGCCCCGAGCGCCUCGGAGAUCGAUUACCUUGCUACUCGUGCGGGCGAAUUAGAAGUGAGGGUCAGUCAGUUGAACGCUUCUUACGAGACUCUUCAGAAACGAUGGGUUGAGCUCGUUGAGUUUCGCUGGGUAUUGAGGGAAGCUGGUGGAUUCUUUGAUCGUGCCCAUGGCCAGGCUGAGGAGAUCCGCCGUGGGUCUACUGAUGAGCCCACUGCGCCUUUACUAGAAGACGUCGAACAGUCCGCUCCCGCUGGUAGCGCUGGGCAUGGAGAUACGAUGUUCCAGACCAUGAAUAUUGGCUUCGUUGCUGGUGUAAUUCGCAGGGACAGGAUUGCCGCGUUCGAGAGGAUCCUUUGGCGAACAUUGAGAGGGAAUCUUUACAUGAACCAGUCGGAGAUUGAUGAGCCCAUCGUCGACCCAAGCACCAAUGAACCUGUUGACAAGAACGUUUUCGUUAUUUUCGCCCAUGGAAAGGAGAUUUUGGCUAAGAUUCGUAAGAUUUCGGAGUCUCUCGGCGCUGGCCUCUACAGUGUGGACGAGGACAACACUCUUCGCAGGGAUCAGCUUCAUGAGGUCAACAGUAGGAUUAAUGAUCUUGAUUCCGUCUUGCACAAUACCAGGAAUACGUUGACGAGCGAGUUGAGGAUGAUUGCGCAGAAUCUUGCGAGCUGGAUGGUGGUUAUCAAGAAGGAGAAGGCGAUCUAUCAGACACUGAAUUUGUUUAUUUACGACUCGGCGAGGAAGUGUUUGAUUGCAGAGGGGUGGCUGCCAACGAACCAGUUGCCCCUAAUUCAGAAGCGUCUGAGGGAUGUUACGGAUCGCGCUGGGCUGCAGGUUCCUACGAUCGUCAACGAGCUCAGGACGACAAAGACGCCUCCAACGUAUCACAAAACGAAUAAAUUCACUAUCGGGUUCCAGACCAUUGUGGAUGCUUAUGGUGUUGCAAAAUACCGUGAGGUUAAUCCCGGAUUGGCGGCGAUUAUUACGUUCCCAUUCUUGUUCGCCGUCAUGUUUGGUGAUAUUGGACAUGGUUUUAUUCUGACCCUUACGGCAACUACAAUGAUAUGGUACGAGAAGAGGUUUGAGAAGCAAAAGAUCUUUGAGCUCUUCGAUAUGGCAUUCUUCGGAAGAUAUAUUAUGUUGCUUAUGGGAGUUUUCUCCAUUUACACUGGCCUCAUCUACAAUGAUAUCUUCUCCAAGCCUCUCACGCUGUUCAAGAGUCAGUGGGCGUACCCCGGGAACUUCACAAUUGGGGAGAAUAUUGAGGCACAAAAGUUGCCUGGUUACACAUAUCCUUUCGGUUUGGAUUGGCAGUGGCAUGGAGCGGAGAAUAGUUUGCUGUUCACAAACAGUCUUAAGAUGAAGCUCAGUAUCAUCAUGGGGUGGUUUCAUGUGAGUUCGCAUCCCGUUAUUUUUACGGGGACAGCGGGGACUAAUGCUAUACAGAUGACUUAUUCUCUUUGCCUCUCCCAAUACAACCACCGCUACUUUAGGUCCAAGAUCGAUACAUGGGGUAAUUUUAUCCCGGGCAUGAUCUUCUUCCAGUCGAUCUUUGGUUAUUUGGUACUUACUAUUGUCUACAAAUGGUCCGUUGAUUGGAUUUCCCGUGAUGAGAGUCCGCCUAGUCUGUUGAAUCUUCUCAUCUACAUGUUCCUAGCCCCUGGAAAAGUCACAGAACAGCUCUAUCCCGGCCAGGCAGCCGUUCAGGUUCUUUUGCUAUUGAUAGCAUUGGUCUGUGUACCCUGGAUGUUGCUGCUCAAACCUCUCUACCUUCGAUGGGAGCACAACAAGCACCACGCAGCCGGUUACCAGGGACUAGGCCAAGUCUCCAGGGUCAGUGCUCUUGACGGCGAUGACGAAGAUGAAUCUCCUCGUGGUCGUGAAAGUAUCGAGAGCGACGGCGAGGGCCACGUCCUCAUCGCCGAGGAGAUGAGGGAAGAAGAAGAGUUCGAAUUCAGCGAAGUGAUGAUCCACCAGGUCAUCCAUACUAUCGAAUUUUGCCUCAAUUGUAUUUCCCAUACAGCCUCAUACCUCCGUCUAUGGGCUUUGUCACUGGCGCACGCUCAAUUAUCGGUCGUGCUCUGGGACAUGACGAUGGCUGUUGGUUUUGGGUUUGAGGGGACUACCGGGGUGAUCAUGAUGGUCAUUCUGUUCUCUUUCUGGCUGAAUUGCACCGUUAUGGUGCUGGUGCUUAUGGAGGGAACUAGCGCCAUGUUGCACAGUUUGCGUUUGCAAUGGGUUGAGGCUAUGGUGAUUACUCCCUUCUUUCCGUUCUCCCAUCCGUUCAUUCGACUCUAUUUCAUUGUAUACAGCACUAACGUCCGCACUAGAGCAAGUUUUUUAUCGGGGAUGGCAUCGCCUUCGAGCCGUUUAGCUUUAGGUUACUGCUCGAGGAGGGUGCAGAUCAAUAGAGGGUAAACACGCCGUGACUGGUUGUCUGAUAGCUUGACUAGCUAAUUGAUUGGACUGGCCACCGAGCGGUCCGGUGGGGGAUUAAUACUACGCAUCGGUGCUGUGAUUUUUUGGUUUCUUUUCCCUUUUGUUGUGUUUCCCGUGUGUUCUUUGUAGUUCUAUGCCAAGUUUCCCGUAGGAUGCGAUGCAGGGUAGUUUAGAGUAAAGCAGAUGAGACAUUAAUCGGAUUUUUUGCGGUUGCUGUGUUGUGUUGUGAUUCUGGUGAAUUGUGGUGUGUCAUGGCGACAUGCUCGGUAUAGCGUGUGGCCGUUGUGGGUUGGGGGGACGAUAUUGGACUGGGUGAGAGCGAAUACGUGAAGCCAGUACUCGAGAAAUAGAGGGUACUGUACGGCCUUGGAGGCCCUCGUACUCGAGUAUCUGGAGUGACUGGACGACAGGAUGCUCUACCUCUGCGUAUUCUAGACCCCUCACCUAAUGAAGUCGGCACGGGGAGGACGGUCCGAUGGGAUAUAAUACGAACUUCAAUACAGGGCUGAAGCGGGUGUGCUUGUGCGUGUAACAAAGCACGAGAAAUAGAUGAAAGGGUUCGUUUCAGGAUAUUUCAACGCUGGAGAGUAAACUUUCGUUCUCAGGUUCUGCCUGAUUAAUCACUUACUGGGGCGGGGGAAAGACCGAUCAAUGGACAAUUCAGCCCGCUCACCGGUAAGUUCUCUGCCUGAACUGAUGUAUCUGAUAUAUCAUGCGAAAAAUGGAGAGAGGGGGAAGCGGCCGGAAGGGUUUC